CUCCUCUUCAAUUUGUUGCAAAACUUUGCAUUCAUCAAAAUUGAUUCAAAACCUAUAAAAUCUGAAGGAGGGUGAGGGUAAAAUUGUAAUUUGCAACUAUGGGUAAUGCUUUGAGGUUUUUGUAUGGUGAGUGUUGUUCAAAACCAACUACUGGUGGUGCUGCUGGUGGUGGUGGUGGUGGUAAUUGGGUGAACCAACAUGUUCAUCAUGGUGUGUCAACGUCUACGGAUAACGCCGGUGUCUCCGCUCUGGCUCGGGAUAUCCGCCAGUUUGAAUUGACCUCCCAGGUUCCUGAAGGUUUGAGUAAGCAUGUGGUUUCAUCUAAGAAAGCUCAGUCUAAUUGGUAUACCAAACUUUCUGAGGCAUGGGCACAAACAAAACCUCCCCCAAAGUCACCUCAAGAGGUUUCCAAGCUUGUCAUUAGCACCUUAAAGAAUCACAAAAAGGCUGACGUCGAGGGGUUGUUAUCAUUUUACGGUCUCCCGCUAUCUCAAUCUGCGGUUGAAGUCACCACAGGCCCAGCUCCACCAGUUGCCAAUGGAGCCAAGUAUGAAUUAAACACACUUCCUGUGGAUGAAAAGGCGGUAGCAGACGGGGAUACAGUGACAGUUUACGUUAGUACCUUAACUCCCAGAGAAGCAGCGUGUGUUCCACAAGCCGUACAAGUGGCAGCAGUAGAACGGGCCAAAGCACGGGCUCAAAGGAACUACACCAAGGCAGAUGCACUCCAUAAGCAAAUUAUUGAUGCGGGCUAUCGGAUGCUAAAUAUACAUAAUGAGGAGAUUCUAGCCCGGAAGUAUCGAAUUAGACUACGGGGAAUAGAUGCACCAGAAAGCGCAAUGCCUUAUGGGAAAGAGGCGAAAGAGGAACUGAUUAGAUUGGUUGUGGGGAAGUCUUUGAAAGUUUUGAUCUUUGAUGAAGACCGUUAUGGCCGUUGUGUUGGUGAUAUCUAUUGCAAUGGUGUCUUUGUCCAGGAACGGAUGUUGAAGAAAGGACUUGUAUGGCACUAUGGAGCUUAUGACAAACGACCGGAGCUAGAAAAGUGGGAAAAAGAUGCUAGAGAUAAGAGAAUUGGGUUGUGGGCUUCAGCAAAUCCUGAAAAACCAUGGGAAUGGAGGAAGAAUCGUCGUGAACAAAGAUAAUUUAUAAGUCAACCAUAAAACUCUCAGUUGAAAAUAAGUGUAACCAUUUUUAUGAGAAAACAAAGAGGUGUAAAAAUGUAUCCAUGUGUUUAUUACAUUCUAAAUUAUUUUAUAAAAAAUAGUUAAAAUAUUGUACUUUUUGUAA